AUGAAGACCGUGAGUUGGGAGUUGUAUGAUAUAUCAUGGACUAGGUUUUCACACUUCAGCAGGCAUGACGAACUGAUCGAUGCACCCAUUAGGUUCAUUUGGUACAAAAAAAGAGAUAAGGAGAUGAAGACGGUGAACUAUGUGUAUGACGAAUGUUCUGAAGAUAUGUUCAUGCUUAUCUAUUUCGCAAAAGAAGCUGGUGAGGCUGAGAUAUUCAUAGAGUAUGACUGCACAGUUCACAUUGAGCCUCUUGCGAGUCAGUAUCUCACAAGCAGCAAGCAUGAAGAUCGUCAGGAAGGUGGAAAUGAGACCGUUAAUAAUUUUUAA